AUGGCCAGUGUCGAGCAAACCCCAUCCAAAAAGGCAGCAUCUGCCCUCUCUAACCUCGAGCUUGGAAGUGAUGACUUGAUUUCCUCCAAGAAUCUCAAAGAGUCCCUACAGAAGAUCAAGGAGAAGAAGGAUCUUGCUGCUGGUAUUAAGGAGAUUGAGGAAGUUGAGGAAGAGGAGGAGCAGGAAGAACUCGAGCAUGGGGUCCACCGUAGAACCCGUGCUCAACUCAAGGCUUCUGAGAAGGAUGAACCUCUCCUUCAAGAAAACCCUAACAGAUUUGUUCUGUUCCCUAUUAAGUACCAUGAGAUUUGGCAAAUGUACAAGCAGGCUGAGGCUUCUUUCUGGACUGCUGAAGAAAUUGAUUUAGGAAAGGACAUCAGUGACUGGGAGCACCGUCUUAAUGAUGAUGAGAGAUUUUUUAUCUCUCGUGUCCUUGCAUUCUUUGCUGCUUCAGAUGGUAUCGUCAACGAGAACUUGGUUGAAAGAUUCUCUGGUGAAGUUCAAAUUCCCGAGGCAAAGUGUUUUUACGGUUUCCAAAUUAUGAUGGAGAACAUCCAUGCAGAGACCUACUCAUUACUUAUUGACACUUAUAUCAAGGAUGCUAAGGAGGCUAACUUUUUGUUCCAUGCUAUUGACAAUAUUCCAUGUAUUAAGAAGAAGGCUGACUGGGCUCUCCGAUGGAUUGCUGAUGAUCAGUCCACUUUUGCUGAGCGUCUCGUUGCCUUUGCUGCCGUUGAGGGUAUCUUCUUCUCUGGAUCAUUUGCCAGUAUCUUCUGGUUGAAGAAGCGUGGACUCAUGCCUGGUCUGACGUUCUCAAACGAAUUGAUCUCGCGUGAUGAAGGCAUGCACACCGAUUUUGCUUGUUUGCUUUUCGGCCACCUUGUCAACAGACCUAAGAAGUCUGUUAUUGAAAAGAUUAUCACUGAAGCCGUUAUUAUUGAAAAGGAGUUCUUGACUGAUGCUUUGCCAUGUAGUCUUUUGGGAAUGAAUGCCAAGCUUAUGUGCCAAUACAUUGAGUUUGUUGCUGACAGAUUAUUACUUUCCCUUGGUAACAGUAAGGUAUAUAAUGCUACCAACCCCUUUGAUUUCAUGGAAAACAUCUCAUUGUCUGGCAAGACCAACUUCUUUGAGAAGAGAGUGUCUGACUAUCAAAAGGCAGGUGUCAUGGCUGGUUCUAAUGCUAGCAAGCCAACUGAAGAUUCAUUUAACCUUGAUGAGGACUUUUAG